CUAGGAGUAGCUGAUUGUUCAAAAGGAGAAUGGAUGGUUGUUUGUGAUGUGAAACCACAUGGUCGGGUUGAUGCAUAUGUUACAUUACAGACAUUGAAAAGUAUCAUCCUAGAGAAGAAUUUGCUUUUUGAGGCGAUGCAAAUGACUAGUAUGAUAUAUGAUGGUGACAUAUCAAUUAGUACAAAUUUACAAAUUUAAAGCUGAGGAAAUGAUUCCAUUGGUCCAUAUUGAGAGGUCAUGCCAGACUGAGUUUCCUAGUGAAUGUGAAGUAACUGAUACCACCAUUUGCAUCGCUUCUUGUGCAUCCAUAGUCCCAAAAGGCACUCUACAAAGUGCUAAAUGUGUUGAGAAAAGUCCUCAAAAUGAUUGUGUUUGUUACUACUCUUGUUAGUGAAACCAAGAAUCAAGAAAAAAUAUUUUUUUCAAUUAGAUUCAUUGCUUUAUAGUUUUGUAGCUUAUUUUUAUAUUUAAAACUUGAGUUUGGGAGGUGUAAUUCUUCAUAAGUUACUAUAUUGAAAUAUAAAUGAUAAGGAAAGUAAUAAAUUACAAGCUUAACG